GCGAGCCAGGGAGAAAGAGCGGAGCGAUCUCCCCGGGCCCCCAGCUAGAGAUCGGGUGCACUGUGGAAAGCCUGCCAGACGGGGCGCAGAGAAGACGGCUCCAGCCUGCCUCCGGACCUUGUGGGAUUAGCUGCUCCUCCUCGGAUGCUGGGACCGGGCAGCACGGGCUUCUCCGCUCCCCCACACAGACGACCCCUCUCUGAAUGCGGGAAGCGGCUCAGACCUCCGGAUCGCGAAAUGUGGGGAUGGAAGGCGCAAAGUGUGACUCGCCGCCCUCCGCAACCUCGCCCGGAGAAGCAUGAAGACAGGAGCCGUGCCAGCCAAGGAACAAGAAGCCUUUCCUCCCCCACCCCGACCCUGCUAACCCGUAGGGGCAAAGCGGAGUACAAGAGUCGCCACAACCCGGCCACAACAUGGCCCUGGCUGCCUAUGCCACCGAGCCGCAGGGCAGCGGGGAGCCAGCCGCCCGGCCGAGGGUAGCCAGGAGGAGGAGGGGGCACCUCAGCAGCACCGCGGGGCCGCCUGACCCGGACUAUCUGCAGCGGCCGAGCUACUGUGAUGCGACGUUCGCCCUCCAGCAGAUCUCCGAGGGGAAAGCUACGGGCAGGAGAGCGCCUCUGUGGCUCAGAGCAAUGUUUCAAAGACUGUUAUUUAAACUUGGUUGCUACAUACAAAAAAACUGCGGAAAAUUUUUGGUUGUGGGCCUCUUGAUAUUUGGUGCUUUUGCUGUAGGAUUACGAGCAGCGAAUCUAGAGACUAAUAUGGAGGAGCUUUGGGUUGAAGUUGGUGGAAGAGUAAGUCGCGAAUUAAAUUAUACUCGGCAAAAGAUAGGAGAGGAAGCCAUGUUUAAUCCACAGCUCAUGAUCCAGACUCCGCUAGAGAAUGGUGCUAAUGUCCUAACAACAGAAGCUCUGAGGCAACAUCUCCACUCAGCACUUGAGGCCACCAAGGUGCAAGUCUACAUGUACGACAGGCCAUGGAAACUAGAAGAGCUAUGUUUUAAAUCAGGAGAACUUAUAACUGAAGCUGGGUAUAUGAGCCAGAUCAUAGAAUCACUUUACCCUUGUUUAAUUAUCACACCAUUGGACUGCUUUUGGGAAGGAGCAAAACUUCAUUCUGGAAGGGCAUAUCUACCAGGUAAACCCACUCUACAAUGGACAAACUUUGACCCCAUGGGUCUGCUGGAAGAGAUGAGAGAGAAGUUCCAAGUAGACAUCUGGGAGGAAAUGCUAAAAAAGGCUGAAGUUGGUCACGCGUAUCUGGACCGCCCCUGCCUCGACCCAUUAGAUUCGGAUUGUCCGCCUACAGCACCUAAUAAAAAUUCAACCAAACCUCUGGAUAUUGCUCUUGUGAUGAAUGGAGGAUGCUAUGGUCUUUCAAGAAAGUACAUGCACUGGCAAGAGGAACUGAUCAUCGGUGGAACAGUGAAAAAUGUUAGCGGAAAGCUUGCCAGUGCCCAAGCGUUACAGACUAUGUUUCAGUUAAUGACUCCUAAGCAGAUGUAUGAGCACUUCAAGGGCUAUAAUGAUGUUUCUAAGAUCAAUUGGAAUGAAGAGAAAGCGGCAGCCAUUCUGGAGGCCUGGCAGCGGGUUUAUGUUCAGGUUGUACAUCAAAGUGUCGCACAAAAUUCCACUCAGAACGUCCUCCCUUUUACGACGACCACACUGGACGACAUCCUCAAGUCCUUUUCCGACGUCAGCGUCAUCAGAGUUGCCAGCGGCUACCUGCUGAUGCUUGCCUAUGCCUGUUUAACCAUGCUGAGGUGGGACUGCGCCAAGUCUCAGGGUGCCGUGGGGCUGGCUGGAGUUUUGCUCGUUGCGCUUUCAGUGGCAGCAGGAUUGGGCCUGUGUUCAUUGAUUGGAAUUUCCUUUAAUGCCGCAACUACUCAGGUUCUGCCUUUUCUUGCUCUCGGGGUUGGUGUAGACGAUGUCUUUCUGUUGGCACAUGCGUUUAGUGAAACAGGCCAAAAUAAUAGGAUUCCAUUUGAGGACAGAACUGGGGAAUGUUUGAAAAGAACAGGAGCCAGCGUUGCUCUAACCUCUAUCAGCAAUGUGACUGCCUUCUUCAUGGCUGCCUUAAUACCCAUUCCUGCACUCAGGGCUUUCUCUCUUCAAGCGGCUGUCGUGGUGGUGUUCAACUUUGCCAUGGUUCUUCUCAUAUUCCCUGCCAUUUUAAGCAUGGACCUGUAUCGCAGGAGGGAUCGCAGACUUGAUAUUUUUUGCUGCUUCAGCAGCCCCUGUGUCAGUAGAGUGAUUCAGAUUGAGCCCCAAGCAUACAUGGAUAACAAUGAGAAUACAAGCUACAGUCCUCCACCACCAUACAGUAGCCACAGCUUUGCUCACGAGACACAAAUCACUAUGCAAUCAACCGUCCAAUUGAGGACAGAGUAUGACCCCCGGACCCACUCGUAUUAUACCACAGCGGAGCCUCUGUCUGAAAUCUCUGUGCAACCAUCAGUUUCUACACCCAAUGAUGCCAGCAGUCUGGCCCCCGAGAACACAAAUUCCACACGGGACCUACUAGAGUCUGGCUUUAACUGCGUUGAACCUUCCUGUACCAAGUGGACACUUUCGUCUUUUGCCGAAAAGCAUUAUGCCCCUUUUCUGUUAAAGCCGACAACAAAGAUCUUGGUGAUAUUGGUUUUCUUGGCUUUGCUUGGAGUCAGCCUAUAUGGCACCACAUGUGUUCGAGAUGGAUUGGAUCUCACUGAUAUUGUACCUCGAGAAACCCGGGAGUAUGACUUCAUCGCAGCCCAAUUUAAGUACUUCUCCUUCUAUAACAUGUAUGUGGUGACCCAGAAGGCAGACUAUCCCCGUGCACAGCGAUUGCUGUAUGACCUGCACAAGAGUUUUUCCAAUGUUAAACAUGUUUUGCUGGAGGGUGACAAACAACUUCCCAAAAUGUGGCUCCAUUACUUCAGAGACUGGCUGCAAGGACUACAAGAUACAUUUGACAGUGAAUGGGAAGCAGGGAAAAUUACUUAUAAUAAUUACAGAAAUGGUUCUGAUGAUGCAGUUCUAGCCUACAAAUUGUUAAUACAGACCGGCAAUGCAGAUAAACCUAUUGACCUCAGUCGGUUGACUAAACAGCGCCUUGUGGAUGCAGAUGGGAUCAUUCAUCCAAAUGCCUUCUACAUCUAUUUAACGGCCUGGGUGAGUAAUGACCCUAUAGCCUAUGCUGCUUCUCAGGCCAAUAUCCGCCCGCAUCCUCCGGAGUGGGUCCACGACAAAGCAGACUACAUGCCUGAAACCAGGACAAUCCAUGCAGCUGAGCCAAUAGAGUAUGCCCAGUUUCCUUUCUACCUCAACGGACUCAGAGAAACGUCAGAUUUUGUGGAAGCUAUCGAGAAAGUCAGAGCCAUUUGCAAUAACUAUACCAGCCUGGGGGUAUCAAGUUACCCAAAUGGCUACCCGUUCCUCUUCUGGGAGCAAUACAUCGGGCUCCGCCACUGGCUGCUCUUGUCCAUCAGCGUGGUUCUGGCCUGCACUUUCCUCGUGUGUGCCCUCUUUCUUCUGAACCCCUGGACUGCUGGAAUCAUUGUGAUGGUCCUGGCGCUUAUGACAGUGGAGCUGUUUGGAAUGAUGGGUCUCAUUGGAAUUAAGCUGAGUGCUGUGCCUGUGGUGAUCCUGAUAGCCUCUGUGGGCAUCGGGGUGGAAUUUACUGUACAUGUGGCUUUGGCUUUUCUCACAGCCAUGGGAGACAAGAACCAUAGGGCGGUCCUGGCUUUGGAACAUAUGUUUGCUCCGGUACUUGAUGGAGCUGUAUCUACCUUAUUGGGAGUCCUUAUGUUAGCUGGAUCAGAAUUUGACUUUAUUGUCAGGUACUUCUUUGCUGUGUUGGCAAUAUUAACUCUUCUUGGGGUACUAAAUGGAUUGGUGCUUCUUCCGGUACUCCUGUCGUUUUUUGGACCUUAUCCAGAGGUGUCCCCUGCCAAUGGUGGAGAUCGGUUACCCACACCAUCUUUAGGUCUGCCACCGAACUUUGUGAGGUUUCCAGUGAUACAGCAUCAAACACAAACUGGGUCAGACUCUUCAGACUCUGAAUCAAGCUCACAAACUACAAUGUCUGGCUUCAGCGAGGAAUUUCACCAGUAUGAAGCCCAAAGAGCUGGAGUGCCCCCACAUCAAGUGAUUGUUGAGGCCACAAGGAAUCCCGUCUUUCCUAGGUGUUCUGUUGUGAUGCCAGAUGCCCCACACAGCCAGUCAAGUCAGAGGACGCAGCCUGAACAAGAUCCAAGACCCCAACACCAAUCACGGCAUAAUCGGAACCAGAGAUGGGAGUCAAGGGAACAGACGCGGCCCCCUCCUUAUCGACCUCGCAGGGAUGCUUUUGAAUCUUCUACUGAGAACCAUGCUGGUCCUAGUACCAGAGAUCGCUCAGGACACAGACCACAUGUACAAAGCAAUCGGAGAACUGCUUUUGUUCCAGCAGGUACUUCAGUGCCUGCAUACUGCCAGCCUAUUACUACUGUGACUGCUUCGGCUUCAGUUACUGUUGCUGUUCACCCUUCAGCAUGUAGCCACAACAAUCGUGGUAGCUACCCAUUCUACAGUGGGUAUCACGAAGAUGACCAUGGACCUUAUGAGGAUCCUCAUGUGCCUUUUAAUGUGCGCUAUGAGAGAAGGGACUCUAAAGUAGAAGUGAUAGAGCUGCAAGAUGUUGAUUGUGAAGAAAGGACACAAAGAAAUGUCUCAAAAUAAGAGUCAACACAUUCUGAAUCAUUGAUGGCCAAAGACGGGACAGAAUUUCCAGACUGGUUAAUGAAAGCUGCUGGAGGUUUAAUAUAAUGGACAUGCUGCAUCAAGACAACCAGUUCAUUAUUACUGUAAUCUAUUGUACAAAUGUGUUAAAUAUUGGUAUAAAUAUUUAAAAGGUGUAUACAUAUGUAAUAUACAAAAGAACUAUGUAAAGUUAGUAUAACUGCGGAGUUCCUGAACUCCUUUUAACAGAUGGGGCAAAGCUUGUUUGCCCUCUCUACUUAAUGUACAGAAUAUGUGCCACACUUUAAUCUAGAUCCAGUGUAUUUUUCUGCUGCUUAAAUAUUGUGUAAUGUACUUGUAUAAUUUCUAUGCAAAUAUUGCUUAUGUGAUAGGUGUUAUUUUAUACGUGUAAAGGUUUCCUGUUUUGAUGUUUAAUGUUCAUAUCACAACCCUGUGGUAGUAUGUUACUGAUAAUUUUCAAACACGCUAUGCGUGGAUAUCUCUUUCCUUUUCAAAUGGGCAGAUAUGAAGAAUUUGUCUUGGCCAAUGUUGUUUUCUUGCCUGUCCCCGUGUCUGGAUGCGUGCACCUGUCUCAUGUGAUACUGUAGAGUCUGUUCCACUGUGUUCUGUAUUCUUGGUGUGCUUAUGUAAAUCUGCAACAUCGGGAGUUUCUUCUGCCCACCUUCAGCACUUACUUGCAAGAGACUUGCAUAGUCUUUAGCAAACGUGAUUUGCAGAUCUGUCUUUUAUUUAUACCCUUUAUGUGUAGUUUUGCAGGAUGGCUUGGGUGCCAUUCUAGCUUAGGGGCUACUUGGCCACCAUGGGCGUUGUCAUUCACUGGCUAAGUGCUUACAUUAUUAUUUUUUUAUUGACAUUUUUUUUGUAAUAAAAAGCACUUCAGGUGAUAAAGGGGGCGGAACAAAAAUUGAAUGCUACAUUUUUAUAUGGCUUUUCCUUUUGUUGGUGCUACUAUCCUCUGAAAAUGUAAAUGGUUUCCCUAUCUACCUCCCUUUCUCUUUUACAUACAUAGAUAUGUUGUUUGCUCAGAGUUUACCUUUAUACUAUUAAUUUAAUUCAGAUGAUGAGUUAUAUGUUUGUUUUAUUUUGUAUAUUGAUAUACUGUAGACAUUCGUCAUGUGCCAUUGUGGAUUGCAGUGUAUAUCGCAUUGCAUGCUGCGCUGUCAUGUGAGAAUAUUCAUUGAAAUACUUAAAACUUUAAGGCACUUGUUAAAACUCCUAAACAAAUCUAACAAGGAAUAAGUAGCUGCCUUUCCUUAUUAUAAGCUAUUGUUACAUAAGCACACUGAGACCACCACAGUUUUUCCUGUGUCCAGAUCACUGCCCUUCAGUGUAAAUCGUAAUAAGCUUUGGACCCUGUUUGCUUGCAUUAUAACAGCCGCACACACAUGAUCAGUAAUCUUUAAAGCUAAACCCUCAUGGCACAACCUGAAAAACUACCUUCAUUUCACAAAUGGUCGUGUAUGGCACAGUGAUCCUCAAUUAUUCUGCUCGGCUCCAUGAAUUGGCAUUUGCUAUUGUUCUAAACAGUGAAAGUUAUCUAUAUCCAUGACAGAUCUACAUUGCUGUCGUAUUCCCAAGAAUUUGUCCGAAAUCAUGCAGAGUAGUAGGGCCUUUAUCCUGCGGCUUAUCACAUAUAAAAGAAUUUGGCAAGUUAGAAUCCAUUUGGCCUACCCUUCUCUCCUCCAACAUCUGCAGUUGAGGAAGAGUUGGGAGGUCCCUAUACACCUUCGGAUGGUUGGAAGAACCAACUGAAAUUGGUCAGUUCAACUGACAUGCAUGUAAUAUGUCUGGCCGGCUUGACAGGGUUUUCUGAGAGUUUUUUGCUGAUGACCUAUCCUCUGUAUAGGUCAUCGUUAUCAGAUUGGUGGGAGCCCGACAUCUGAGAACCCCCGCCGAUCAGUUGUUUGGGAAAGCAU